GACGCGACGCGUGAGACACGUGCCAUCGAUCCUUCCUGAAUGCUCCUAUUGACUCGAACUCUCUCAUCCUACAAGACUUUGCCUUUCUUAUAUUCGGUCAAACAUAAAUUCGGCAUGACUACCUCUACCUUCAUCCCGCUACGGACGACACGGACCAAUCGAAUUGCAAUACCAGACGAGAUGAAGAUCGAGUUGACGGAGACGGAAGAAAAGAUUUGUAUUCUUCUAGACAAGUGUAGGAAGCACCUCCAAGAGGUGAAAGAGAUUCAUACGGAAUGUAGGAUUGCUGGUGGAUGGGUCCGGGAUAAGUUACUGGGUUCACAGAGCAACGACAUCGACAUUGCUCUCACAGACAUGAUGGGUUAUGCGUUUGCUGAACAUCUCGCCGAAUUUGCGCAAGGGGAGGGUAUGGAGGUUGGUUCAAUAGGAAAGAUCGCACAGAACCCAGACCAGUCUAAACAUCUGGAAACGGCGACACUCAGAGUUCUUGGAAAAGACAUUGAUUUAGUGAAUUUACGGAGCGAAGAAUAUGCUAGUGGAAGUCGUAUACCGACAGGCGUAAUCUUUGGGACACCUGAACAGGAUGCUCUGAGGAGAGAUAUAACCAUCAAUGCUUUAUUUUACAAUUGUCAUACUCGUUCAGUAGAAGAUUGGACGAAGAAGAGUUUGGACGAUCUUCGGAAUGGCAUUGUACGCACGCCGUUAUCUCCCAAGGAAACCUUCAUAGAUGAUCCGCUACGAGUCUUGAGAUGCAUCAGGUUUGCGAGCCGAUUUGGUUUCGACAUUGUUCCAGAGAUUGAAAAGGCAGUUCGUGACCCAGGAAUCAAGGAAGCUCUUGUGUCUAAGGUUGCCCGUGAGCGCGCAGGGGAGGAGCUCUCCAAGAUGGUCAAAGGACAAGACCCUUUGCGCUCCAUCCAACUGAUCACAUCAUUAAAUAUUUACUCCUCUCUAUUCGCUGGGAUUCCAACGGACAUUGUGAAGACGUUUUCUGUCCAUCCAUCUUCCGAAGGGGAUGCCAUGAAAGCGGCAUGCAUCCUUCAGACACUUUUAACACCUGAAGAUAGUAGUCUACCUUGCGUACAUCCAAUGAUGUUAAAAGCGGUCGAAGACGAUGCUACUUGCAAGCCCCGACUUUUUCUGGGAGCUUUCUUAACUCCCUUCUUAGGUAUAACUUACCGCGAUCGGAAAGAAAAGGAGUAUCCAGUAGUUGAGUACGUUAUACGGGAGUGUCUAAAGCUUGGAUCUCAGAACCACUUCUUGAAUGGAAUCCCUGCUUUAUUUUCUGCUUGCAAGUUAUUAAAAAACCCGGAUCUGAAUGAUAAAAGGUUCAAGAACCCCUCGGAGCGAGUAGCAAUUGGUCUACUGCUUAGGGAGAAAGUCGUGCAUAAUGUACAUACGGGCUCACAUUGGACAAGCUCGCUUUUGUUCUCUCUCGUACAAGACCUGGUUCACCUCUGUGAAGACGUGACACGGGGAGUAAGAGCGGAUCAGGCGGUCAAAGUCAUUGAGGUGUACAACACGUUCGUGGAACAAGUAGAAGCACUUGGCCUCCAUGACAUGGUCGACGCGAAACCUUUGUUAGAUGGCAACGAAGUUUGCUCGGCAUUCGGUGCUAGUCGUGGUCGAUGGACAGGAGCAGCGCUCGCUAGCGUACUUAGUUGGCAGCUGGAAAACCCGCAAGGGACCAAAGAGGAGUGCUUGACCUGGUUGAAGGGAGAGCACCAACAAGGUAAUCUUGAAGUCGACGAUGUUAAAUCGGACUCGGGGCCUGCAAACAAGAAAGCUCGGACUAAAUAGAAUGUAUUGCAACGCAGGAUUAGCUACGGAGGGGAGAUGAGAAGAAACCGAGAGAUCAUGAACGAACCGAGAAAGAGAAGAGUGAUGGUGAUAACAGUACAUAUACAUGUGCUUUGGUAUAGAGAUUGAGAGGUGAAUUUUAUAAGACAAGAGGGGG